GUAUUCACUUUCUACUAGAGAGGGCAAAACAAUACCCACUAACAGCAAUAUUCCCACAAAAUUUCAUUUUUCUCUUAAUAAUCUUUUGUAAAUAAACGUAUACAAACACAUGUGCAAUGCAAACCGUAUUGAGAUAUAAAACUUAAAGUUUAAAAAAGUAUCGUAAUUUUUUAAAGGAUUCAUGAAUGGUUGCAUGGAUUAUCAUGCUUGGGGGCAUUAGAAAGAGAAAGGUAAUCGAACUGUCAAAGUCAAUUUUUACGGUUAUUGUAGUUAAUAGUGUAGUUUUUAUAGUUUUUUAUAAAAGAUUCGUGACUAUGUUAAUAAAUUUUAAUCUUUUGUCCAUUAUGUUUAGUAGUACGACUAUACCUGUAACAUAAGUGUGUUAUCGUGUUAUAUUGUUAUCGUUAUGUUUUUGUUUGGGACUAUUCCAACUAACUUUGGUUUUAUUGUAUGAUUUAAUAACGAGCUGAUUUCAACUGAAAACUAUUGCAGAAAUGGGGCAAACGGUCAGCGGCAUUCCAGUGUCUAGGUCCAGUUCGCACAUCGGAGGGACCAACAACUUACCCCCUUUACUUUUUCACAACGUCCACGGAGAAAAUAUAAGAAUAUCGAGGGAUGGGACGGUUGCCCGACGAGUUGAAAGCUUUUGUAAAGGAAUUGCUUUCAGUUCAAGGCCUGUUAAAGUCAACGAAAAGGUAUGCAUAAAAUUUUUGGAAAUUUCAAACAACUGGAGCGGCGUUAUACGUUUCGGUUUUACUUCUAACGAUCCUAGUACUUUAAGAUUCGGUCUUCCUAAAUACGCUUGUCCAGAUCUUACGAAUAAGCCGGGUUACUGGGCGAAAGCCCUCGCUGAACGUUUCUGCAGUCAGAACACCGUCCUUUUUUACUACGUUACCGCGGCAGGCGACGUUCAUUUCGGUAUAAACGGGGAAGAAAAGGGAAUUUUCUUCAGCGGAGUAGAAACUAGGGGUCCCAUAUGGGCUCUCAUAGACGUUUAUGGUAAUUCAACCGCAAUCGAAUUCGUCGAUAUUCGUCAUCAGUUGAACAAUAACCGUCGCAAUUUGGCUCUGAAUGGGGGCGACACGACCCCCGAUGAGGUCGAUCGUAUCGUCUAUCCCAUGCAAGCCGUUCACAUUCAUCCUCGCGAAAACGACGAUGUUCACGUACCCUCUUUACGUUACCAACCAGCUAACCUCAAUUUUGUUCCUGUUCCUUUGCAUCGAACAAAGGGUCGAAAUGUUAAAUUUAAUAGUAAUCGAAGUAUGGCAUCUCGAACAGACACAGAAUUCUGUCAGGGGUAUGUCUUUACUCCGAGGCCAGUUCAAUUAGGCGAAAGGAUGGUCAUUCAAAUUCUGUCCACCGAGUCUAUGUUCCAAGGUUGUUUAGGUUUGGGUCUCACUUCUUGCGAUCCCGCAACACUUCAACCCAGCGAUCUCCCAGACGACUCGAACUUCCUCCUAGACAGGCCGGAAUAUUGGGUGAUAAGUAGGGAUUUUGCGAGGCACCUCAAUCGUGGCGAUGAAAUCAGUUUUUGCAUUUCGCCCAGUGGUGAGGUUCAAAUCAGUAGAAACGGUGGAACCCCUUCCGUUGUUAUCCACGUGGAUCAGACGCUUAGGUUGUGGGCUUUUUUUGACAUUUACGGGUCCACGCAACGUAUUCGAGUUUUGAGCUGUGUAGGGAGUACGUCUCCCGUUAGGAGCAAUCCGGACAGACGUAUCGUAUCGCCCACAUCCUCCGAAUCCAUGAACAGCAUCAACUGUCAGUCAGAACUAAGGCGAAAUUCGGCUAGUGUUCAGCAAAACAACUCUCGAUUGUGUUGCGUUACGCCAGCUGAUGUUCAAGUGCAACCUAGUGCUAACGGGGGUGCUGUACUUUCCGUUAUUCUUCCUCCUGCUCAUGCAAGCAUCAUAAACCAAGAGAACGCCCGGGUUGCAUCUCAUCACUCGCAUCAUUCGUCUCAAAAUUCCGUUUACAGCCAAAACGGUAACAAUCAUUCUAGUCAUCAUGGAUCCAGCCAACCUGGUGGUCACGCUCAUUCCAAUCACCAUGUGGUUGCAGCUACCACCGCAGGACCCUUGUCCCCAUCUCUACCAAGUAUACCAGCUGUGGUUCAUCCCUCUUUCAAUGCAGUUGCCCCAGUACCGACCGCUACGAUGCUCUCUACCUAUAGCAACACCUACAUAGAGCCAAUUUCUGGAAGUGCUUAUUCGACGAUACCACCACACCACCGUUCAGAACACGAGCGUCCUACUGGCGCUGGGGCGGAAUGUACAAUUUGUUAUGAGCACCCUGUAGAUUCGGUGCUGUAUAUGUGCGGACAUAUGUGUAUGUGUUACGAGUGCGCUUUGCAACAGUGGCGGGGUAAAGGGGGCGGACAUUGUCCCUUGUGCAGGGCCGUAAUAAGGGACGUCAUACGCACGUAUAAAUCGUGAAAGGACAUCAAUGUUUUUUCGAAGUGCUUCCACUUUGAAGAUAGCGGAUUUAAAAGUCUGAAAAUGUGAAAUAAAUUAAAUGAAAACGAUGAAGAAAUUAAGAAUAUAAUUAAUUAUCUAUCGCGCGAAUAAGCAUGGGAGUCCUCGAAUCGUUACUAAUUAAUACUUGUUGAAUAGUUAUUAUCUUCUACAGUUUUAAUUUUUUUACCAAAGAUCUGUUAAUAAGCUCGAAACUAAUAUGAGAGGUACGACGGAAAUGUAGUAAUUGUGUGAAACAGCAGCGAGUUAAGAAUAGUCAGACGAAUGAAAGUGAAAAAUAGUCAACUUUUGAAGAAAUGAAUUCUAAACUUAUUUAUUUAUUUAUUUUAUUACCCGUGAAGUUUGCUUAUCUUUGCAAAGAAGAGAUUUAUCUAAGUUUAUAUGAUAUAACGGUACGCGUAUAAGGAUAUUAUUAUUUAAUUAAUCCAUUUUUUUUAUUACUAUUACUGCUAUUAUUAUUUCGUAAUUAUCCACCCUGUUAAAUUAACGAAUAUUUUUGUUUGUAGAAUUUAAGAGGCAAUCUGUUUGUUAUAAUUUUAGCUAGAACGUUGGGCAUUGGUUGUUGGGGGUUUCCGAUAACAUUCCUAAGAUAUUAUAUAUUUAAUACCAAAACGUCGUUGGCCAGUCAGGCACUACCAAAUUUUUAGUCUUAUACUUUUACUAUAACUGAAAGAAAAUAUUCUUCGACUUUCGAAAAAUUCGUUCAAUGAAAUCGUAGUUUACAAACGACCUAUUUACACAUAGAUAGAGUUUCUAGUCAUAGGAAUGAGCUGAUGUUAGUAAAUAAAAAUAAAAAAUAUUAAAUUUGCCUUUCUGUCUGUAAAUAAAUUGUUACAACUGG